UUUAAGGUCCUCUGGAUCCUAUUCCUAAUUUCCUAUAAAAGCCCCCUUUCAUCGUCCUUGCUACCGUUAUCUACUCUCCCUUACCCUGUCUCUUACAAAUCUCUCUUCAAAACCCUAAACAAAAAUCUCUCUCCCCUUCGAAAUCCUCCGAUAUUUUUUCACUGCAAAUCCCAAUAUAUCUUUCUUUGUAUUCAGAUCUCCUUUAAUUCCUCAUUCCGGACACCCUAAUCUCACCAUAACUGUUGUCUCUUUUGGCGGUUUUUUUCGAAACCCUAGUUGUGAUUCUGCAAUCUGUCGAAAAUCUCAUCUCUUCUGUGAAAAUUGAUUUUUUUUUCCCCUAAUUUCUGUAACUCGGCCCGAUCAAUCCAUAAAUUUCCAACUUCUCUAUUAAUUUUUGGUAAUUUCAAAGCCCUAAUAUCUAUACCAGUUGUAUCUUUGGAUCCCUAAUUUUGAUUCCUUCAUACGUUCUCUUGUCUCUGAUUUAUUUUUAAAUUUCUGAAACCCUAAUUUUGAUUCUGUCGUCCGUUGGAAAUUGUCCGUGUUCUCCAUUUUUUAAAAUUCUGAAGCAUUUGUGUCCUUAAUCUGUCCAAAAGAAAUCCAAUAUCUUUUCCAAUUUCUUAAACCCUUAGUUUCUAUUUGUGAUCUCUUUGGCGAUUCUCUGUUAAUAAAUUACAUAUUAUCCUUCAAAAGAAUUUUGAUCCUGUAUUCUGCUAGACACCAUCCCUUUUUUUUAAAAAUUCCUUUUUCAAAAGUUUUGAACGGCGAUUUUGAACCCUUUUUCGAUCCAUCUGGAACUCCAUUAUCUGAAAUUUUCUGAUUUUUCUGAAACUGUAGAUUUCAGAAACCCUAGAUUGGAUAGAGAACUGGGGCUCAUCUUUGGUCGCCCUAGAAAUGGUCGGAGGUGGAAACAGAAGGGACGAUGGGUCCAGGAUAAACAGCACUAAUGUAUUUGCUGCACUUGAUAGCCUCCGAAGAAAGAAGAAAUCGGACAAGGAGCAUGGAUCGUCGAAGACAAAGGGAUCAUCGAAGAGCCAGGCGAAAGAACCGGAGCCGCAGGUCUUCUGGGCCCCGGCUCCUCUGACUGUGAAAUCUUGGGCUGAUGUUGAUGAUGAUGACGACUACUAUGCAACGACUGCACCGCCACAGUCGGUUUGGGGAACAUCAGAACUGCAGCAGAUUAAGGAGAGCUCUACCCCAGUAGAGGAAAGUGAAAGUGAGGAUGAUGACCUUGAUGAGGGUGACGAUGAUGUUGAGGAAGAAGAGCCUGAUCAUGAGCCCGAGGUUCCUGUACCAACUGAGCCAGUGUUAAAGAAGCCUGCCCCGGCUUCUUUGGCUCCAAAAGAUACAGAAAGGCAACUUUCUAAGAAGGAGCUGAAGAAGAAGGAGCUUGAAGAGCUUGAAGCUCUUUUGGCUGAGAUGGGAAUCCCCAAGAAAGAGACAAAUGGCAAAGAUGAAUCACAGGGUGUUCAGGGAGAUAAAAAUCUGGAGAUGAAUGGAGACAUAGAAAAGGAGGAGAAUGCCCCAGUUCUUACAGAGAGCAAAAGCUCUAAGAAAAAGAAGGUAAAGAAGGAAAAAUCUUUGAAGGAAGUUAAAGAACCACAAGAGCAUCCAACUGGGUCAGAAAAUAAUGCAGCAGAUGAAGCAACAGGGGCGGAACCUGCCGAAGAAGAUUCCUCUGCCAUUGAUGUGAAGGAGCGGCUAAAGAAGGUGGCUUCCAUGAAGAAGAAGAAAUCAAAUAAAGAGAUGGACGCUGCUGCCAAAGCUGCUGCAAUCGAGGCUGCUGCUAGGUCUAAAAAGCUUGCUGCUGCAAAGAAGAAAGAGAAGAACCACUACAACCAACAGCCAGUGCGGUAAAUCUGUUUUGGAUGAGCUUGUGUAACCCUUGUUCAUUUGUUGAACACGAAAUAAACAGCGGGCUCAGGUUGCAUGAAGAUGGCAUUGAUAUGUUUGGUUGGGUUUUACUCAGAAGCAAGUCUUUUUGGUGUCUCUCUUUCCAAUGCAAAGUGUCAUGUAGUUGUGACAUUGUUCUCAGAUAUUAUGCUUAUGCAAAAUCUCAUGGAUGUUUUGCUUCAA